UGUUCUCCUAAUAGCAUUCCACCAGGCGGGAUUUCCAAGUUCAAGAAGCCACGACUUGCUUCGAUGGCAGCCUCGUAGUUCUACGAUACCCACUUGCCCAUGUUGGUAGAGUAGCUUUCGAACAUAUCAGAGAAAGUAUAAACUGCCCGUGGUUGCUUUGGCCCUGCCUUCUCUUUCAACCCAAUAAAGCAAAGAAAAGCAGAGCCAAAGUAGUCGUUUUUACGAUAUCCAGAGCCUCAGAGAAUCGCAACACAGCACUAUCUUCCAAAAACUAAAAAAAAAAAAAAAAAAAAAAACCCUUUUUUUCAAUCUUUAUUUGCAACCCAACAGGCAACAGAGGGGAUAUCUCUUCAAAAUUCUGAAUUUGUCAGUCUCUGAAAAUCAGAAUCCCACUUUCUUUGAUGCACUUUAUCUUUAGCAAUAAAAAUUAACAGUCCUUUUAGUCUAUUAUCUCUAACCUUUCUUCAAAGAUUAUACAGUCUGAUUCUUAGCAUUCUCUUUCAUCACCGAGUUUUAACCCAGUCUUCAUUGAAUAAUAUUCAAUUUGUUUUUCGUUGAAUUCCUUUUGUUUUUUUUUUUUUUUUAAUUUAUAGCUAGUGAUUUCAAAUUCCUCAUCAUUGCCUCGUAUAAGCUUUUGUUUCUGGUUGGUCGGAAUUAUUUGAGAAGCUUUCUUUCCCGCCCAUUAAUGUUUUCUUUUUCCACUUUUCUAAUGUCUAAGUCAUGGAAUUUUCAUUGUUUGCUUUGAAUGGCCCAUGCUUUGUUGGUGCUAACUUUUGUGCCAUAUAUGAUGGGUGUAGUUUCACUUGCAAACAUUGUUAAUCACAGAUUUAGGAGAGAUUUAAGGAGGUGAUUAUGGGCGGAGGUGGUGGGGUUGGUAAAGUGGAAGUGAUCAAUAGCAAGGGGUGCUCAAGAUUGCUUGUGGGAUUUUCUUCUUCAAUCCCUUCUUUUAGGGGUUUGCAAUCCUUUGAGCCAAUGUUUCCUGCCACAUCCUCUGUUGGGUCUGAGCCGUUGUUGGUUCGAUCAAGCGGUCCAUUUGCUGGUCUUGUAUUAUGUGUUACAGGCCUGUCUAAAGAAGCAAGGAAGCAAGUUAUGGAAGCAACAGAGAGAUUAGGUGGUCAGUACAGCCCUAAUUUGAAUCCACAGUGUACCCAUUUGGUGGUCCAGAGCUUUGGUGGACGCAAGUUUGAGCAUGCUUUGAAGCAUGGAUUAAAAAAUGGUCUCUUUGUUGUUACACUUGGAUGGUUUGUGGACAGCGUCAGGAGGAAUGUGAGGUUGAGUGAAUCACUCUACAGUGUCAAGAGUGUUGGAGAAAAUGGUGUGUGCUUAGAUGACUUAAAUCGAAUUUUCGGUUUCAGUGGCUCUGAAAAUUCCUGUCUUCCUGUUGGUUUUAAUGAUACCAAGCAAUUUGAAAUGACUGAAGGACUGCACAAACGAUCAUCUGGAAGAAGUUCUAAUAGAAGUAUUGAACCAACUAUGUCUGGUAAUUCCGUUUAUGUUGAUUCAGACAUUUCAGGUGACCUGAGGAAUAAGGUUUAUGAGGCAGCAACCAGAGAAGGUGCCACAUUUCUGGAUCGAUGGUUUGUUGGCUGCAGUGCAAGUCAUGUAGUAUGUGAAGGAGCUUCUAUCCAAAGAUAUCUUGGCCACUCUAACAACCUUGUGACUCCACUUUGGGUACUAAAAACAGCCAAGGAGAAACACGUCCAGAGGCUUGUUCAGAUGUCUGCUGGUUUGGCCAGACAGGUUGGGAUGAUCCUUGAAGAUUUUCAAAAUGGCAUUGCUGGCCAGGAAAUAAAUGGGGGAAAUGCCCCUCAAGAUGCUCAGAGUUUGAGGAGUAAAGCAAGCUAUGGAGAAAGGCAACAGAUUGUGAAUUUUGCUAAAAAUGGGGUUAGAAGUCGUCGUGGUUGUCAAAUGCAGACCUGUCAAACCCCAAUUCGUCCAAUAACCCCAAGCAGCCUUCUGGAUUCAAUCUGCUGGUCAAUAUCUGAGCCAACUUCAACUGCUUCUAUUUACACAGACUCCUUGAGUUGUGAUGAUGUUAGUGAACAUCAUACCUCUGUCUUCUUUGAUGUGAAGGGGGACAACAAGGAUUCAGAAGCUUCCUUUGCAAACCUAACACGACCACUUACAGAAAGUGAGAAAACUGAGUUGAUAUUUAAGAACCACUUUCUGACCGUACUGUUUCCCAUUGACCGGUUUUCCGAAAUGGGACCUUCUUCAAGAACCUUUUUCAGUGAAAAUGGUUUCACAUGUUUGCAGGUGUUAGAUCAUAUAUAUGCAUUUUAUCAGCUGCUUGACGUUUUCCAGUGGGUAAUCUUACCAAAACUCCUUGAAAAAUGUCACUUCGUGUGCAUGCAGGAGAAUAUGUCGGCUUCAGAAAUAGAAGUUGCAAUUCACACUGAUUCAAGGCAUGCUGAUCGGCUCCGAUCAAUAUACUCCAGUAAAGAAACAGCCGGGCUUGGUUGUGUAAUUUUCAAACGGAUUGACUUCUUAGGAAGCCGCAAGAGUUUUGAAAUGUUAAAGCGAGUUGCUGGGGACAACAACAGUAAUGUAUAUGAACUGUUGAUUAGAGCAUAAUGUGAUCUCGUCAGGUAUGAACGAGUAGCUGGUAAAUGGCGACCCAUCAGUGAUGUUUGUUACAAAGCCGUUAGCUUGAAGACAAGAACUACACCUUUUAACAUGCUGAGUCCACAAUUUUCCAAAGAAUGGAAUGCAGGUUUCUACUUUGAACAACAUAAUUAUCAUUCUUCUCCCAUAAAUAUAUAUACAGAUAUCAUAUCCUUUCUUUAAGUGUGCAUGAGGAACGGUAAAGAAUGAAAUAUCGAUAGACUUUGUUGUUCUUUUUUACACAGGCACUUCCCUCCAAAGAUUGAGGGAAAUUCCUGUACAUCAUACCAUGUAAAUUGAAUAUUUGCACGUUAAGUUUGUAACUGGGAAACUUUUGAUCCAUGAGCUUCAACAAAGAAUGAGUGAUUUGAGUUGAA